ACGCCGAGCCAAUCACAGCAGGAGGUUGUUGUUGGGGGGCGGGGCCUGCGGUGUUAACAGGCGCGCGCGCGCGCGCCACGGAGCGGUGUCUUCAGUCGUCAAUUUGCGCCAGAGACAGAAGCUGUGAGCCAUGGCUGAGCAUCAGGAACUCGAGGCAAUUGAGGUGAAGGAGCUGAACAAGCGUGCGUCGGGCGCGGCAUACGAGGUGAUCCUCAAGGAGCCCAGCACGGGCACACCGGCGCCACCCUUCUCACCCACGCGCAAAGACUGCUCGCUUGAGGAGAUCCAGAAGAAGCUGCUUGCCGCUGAGGAGCGCAGGAAGUCCCAUGAGGCGCAGGUGCUGAAGCAGCUGGCGGAGAAGCGCGAGCACGAGAAGGAGGUGCUGCAGAAAGCCGAGGAGGAGAACCAGUCGUUCAUGCGCCAGUCGGAGGAGAAACUGCAGAACAAGAUGGGCUCCAACAAGGAGAACCGCGAGGCCCUGCUCGCUGCCAAGAUGGAGAAGCUUCGCCAGUCUGAGAAGCGUGCUGAGGAGGUGCGCAAAAACAAGGAGAAGUGCCCAGAGCCGUGCCGCCAAUAGAGCACUGCCUUGUCCCAAUCUCCCUUUCCACCUUUCCGUCACGGCACGGUCGUCCUUGACCCAUGGCACCACGGCCAUGAGAAACGCCACACCUUGCCCCACUGCAUCGGACAACUCAACCCACCCACACCCCCUGGCACUGAACAUGCUUUUAGUGUCGCCAUUGCCACCCAUAGUGCAGGCGUGACGAGUUGAUUUAGUCGGUGAUCGGUAGAAAUGUUGGCUGGAUUCCAAUUAAUCCAAAUGGAUGUUCCAUAGAUACUGGGUUGCCGUAUAAAGUGGCAUGGGGGAGUUCGGCAUUGACUUGCAUAGGAGGGUUUGGGUUUUGCAUAUAGUUUGCCAUUUCCAUCCCACAUUGUGGUGUGAUUUAAUAAAAGCAGGCAAAUGUUUAAAUAACAGGUUAAAACUAAUGCACAGUUCUGAAAUGUGUCAUUGGUAAAAAAAUGUAAUUGUAAGUACUGUGAAGCACGAUUUCUUCCUGCUUUUAUAAUCCUGUAGCACAAUUUGUGGAUUAGUUGUAUGUACACAACAACAAUACAACUCCAUCUGAUGUGGAGGCCAACUGAUGGACAUCCCAAAUUUACAAGAGUGAAAAGUUGUUUCUGCUGAGCCGUUGUGCCAUGAGGGUUUAGUGAAGAGAGCGGAGGCCAUUCCCUAUGACCUGCAUCUAUGCUCUGGCCCUAGAUUAUCUGGCUGUAUAUACACUGCAUUUCCUACACCCAUGCUUAAGUCAAGUUGCCUGUCAUUUACAUGUAAUUUUUUAAACCAGUGUUAGGUCCAGUAUAUCUAACAGUUAACUACAAAAUACACACGUGGGACGUGGCAAUUCCUAGGGAGGUAAUACUUUAUAUGAAGGGAGAUCACUGCUUUGUCUGCAUUACAAAAAAGAAAUCGCAAUGCUAAAAUAUUCUGCUUAUUGGAUGUCUCUGGCUUGUGAUGUGCACUCAGUCUUGUAAUUGCUUCACCUUCAUGCCUACGUGCUUCUGUAUUCUGCUCGUUGCUAUAUACGUGACCAUGAGGAAAUGUGCUUAUUGACGGGCACAAUGUGUUUCCACCUACAUUUUCUUAACCUCGUGAAAUUCGAUCAUUAAAAUCUCGAAAAGGGUUACCGAUUCGUCAUAAAACAACAAAUAUUGGCAAGAUGUCGCAUGUCCAUUAAGUUUUAUUCUUGGAGAAAAAAUUUAGCUGGAAACUGCCAAAAACUCCCAGAGCUGCUGCCAUGUUUUGAGGUGUUGUGUGGUUUGUGGUAUUUACUCAUGAGACUCGUGGAACACAUUACCCUUUCAUGCUAUAUAAUCGAGAAUCUGAGGUGGAAUUGAGCUUUAUGACAUCACCGCUGCAUGAUCUGGCUGUGAGGAAACUACGUUUGCCACUUGGCAUCUGCCGUUACACUUUUGGGAACUGGCUUUGAAAUGUUUAUGAAAUGCAUAUGGCUGCAAUAACUCCUGAAACCGAGUUCCACCUCGCGUUCUGGUGCAUUUCAUGCUUGUACAUGCCUUGCAGCCAUUUAAUUAAAAACACCGUAAAUUCCUAAUGGUAUUCGUUCACAGCCUGAUCGUGACGUAGGGAUAAUUGCGUGGUCACAUAGCAUUUUUGGAAAACAGUGAGUUUUUUCACGUGGUUUACCACUUCAUUUAUAUACGGCCGCGCCAUUUAUCGCGAUGUGUGCCCUCUGCAAGUUUAAUUCAUUGUCUCGGCAAAUCUGUGAUGCUUACUCAAGACCGAACCUCCGUGCUGUACAGCCCCUGCGCCUUGUGGGGUUGUUAGUGGUUACAUUGUUAAAACUGUCGUAUGUGAAGGCGUUGCCCUGAGUGCUUUUCGCCACAUCUUGCCUCCUUACACCGCUCUGCGGUCUUGCACUAGGUCACGCUUAAGGCCUUGGUACGUUCGGACGUGCCAACACUGCUUUGGGCCUAAUGAGCACGUACACAUGCCGAUUUGUAAUGGUCUUGGACAACUGGUCAAAUUGUGAAGCAAUGCUUGUUAGAAGUUAUUUCUUGGAAAGUCUUCAAAAGACUAAUAUGCUUCUGCAGAAAUCGGUCAUCUAAAGGUAUGCAAGACUGAAUAUGCUCAAUUUAUAGACUGAAAGUUUGAGGACCCAAAAGCUAUUAGUCUUUUGUUGGAUGAAUGUUAGAUGCCAAAGAAGUUUGCAUGCUCGUGAUUUUUCCGUGCGUGACUUGACCCCAUGUGCAGCUGCAGAGUGGCCCUCAGAGCGUGGUUGCUGGGUUCGUGGCUGGAUUUUGUUGGGACGUGGUUAAGUUUUAAGCUCUUUACCUUGUAGCGUGUUGUGUUCGUUUUGAUAAUAAACUUAGUGUGACACUG